UUCUUCUGCGCUGCGUCCUCUCUAACCGUCUCUUAUUCUUCCUUCUCCCUCCUCUGUCCCACUCCAAUUUCUUCCCUCUGUCUCGUACUCCCUACACACUGUAGCCAGGCCACCCCGUGUGUGAGCUUCCGUCGCCAGAAUGGUGCACAUCAACCGCGUAGCCACCCAGAAAGAGGUCGCAGAGGAAAAGUCUGGCUUUGAGCGCGUGCAGAGCUUCAGUAAUCCUGAAAGCACUAUUGAUCUUACGCCCGAGGACGACGCAGAUGACUACACCGCGACCGUCUAUGGAAGCAAGUAUGCCAUUGAGGAUCUGCCCAGGCACGAGAUGCCCGACCGUGAAAUGCCGGCCCAAGUGGCAUACCGCAUGAUCAAAGACGACCUCACUCUCGAUGGUACCCCGACGCUCAACUUGGCUUCGUUCGUCACUACCUACAUGGAAGACGAGGCUGAGAAGCUCAUGGUUGACGCCUUCUCCAAGAACUUCAUCGACUACGAGGAGUACCCCGUGAGCGCCGAUAUCCAGAACCGAUGUGUUUCCAUGAUUGCAAAGCUGUUCAAUGCCCCUGAUCAGGAGGACGCCAAUACGAUCGGUACCUCUACCAUCGGCUCUUCCGAGGCUAUCAUGUUGGGCGUGCUCGCCAUGAAGAAACUCUGGCAGAACAAGCGCAAGGCGGCGGGCCUGCCCUACGAUAAGCCUAACAUGGUCAUGAACUCGGCCGUACAGGUUUGCUGGGAGAAAGCGUGUCGCUACUUCGACGUCGAGGAGAAAUACGUAUACUGCACCACGGAGCGCUACGUGAUCGAUCCCAAGGAGGCCGUCGACCUCUGCGACGAGAACACCAUCGGCAUAUGCGCCAUCCUCGGAACUACAUACACAGGCGAAUACGAAGACAUCAAGGCCAUCAACGACCUCCUCGUCGAGCGAAACAUCGAAGUAGACAUCCACGUCGACGCAGCCUCAGGCGGCUUCGUUGCCCCCUUUGUCAACCCCCGGCUCCUGUGGGAUUUCCGCCUGCCCAAAGUAACCUCGAUCAACGUAUCCGGGCACAAGUACGGGCUCGUGUACCCAGGCGUCGGGUGGGUCGUAUGGCGCGACCCCAAGUACCUACCACAGGAACUUGUCUUCAACAUCAACUACCUCGGCGCGGACCAGGCUUCCUUCACGCUCAACUUUUCCCGUGGUGCAAGCCAGAUCAUCGGCCAGUACUACCAGCUUAUCCGCCUGGGCAAGCGCGGAUAUAGGCGCAUCAUGCUGAACUUGACGCGCACGUCCGACUAUCUGGCUGCCAACUUGGAGUCGUUGGGCUUCAUCAUCAUGAGCGAGAGGGGUGGUGCGGGCCUGCCUCUUGUUGCGUGCCGCAUCGACGAGGAUCUGGAUAAGCAGUAUGAUGAGUUUGACGUAGCCCACCAGCUCCGCGAACGCAGCUGGGUCGUGCCCGCCUACACCAUGGCGCCGCAUUCGGAGAAGAUGAAGAUGCUGCGCGUCGUUGUGCGCGAGGACUUCACGCGCUCGCGCUGCGACGCACUGAUUGCUGAUUUCAAGCUCGCACUGCAGACGCUGGAUAAACUCGAUGCGAAGAAGAUCCAGGAGCAGAAGGAUGCCCGAGCGCAAUAUGCUCAUCGCCGCCGAUCCACGCUUGUUACGCCCAUUUUCAAGGCUGUUAAUAACAUCUUUGCUGAUGAGGAGCAUAGUCUGCAGGGGCAGACGGGCAAGACUCAUGCUGUUUGCUAAAGAAGGCGCGCAAGAGAGCGCAGUCAGGUAGAGAGAAGUCAAAGCACGGCGCGUAAGCCGUCAGUCGAUCGCUCAAGAUACGAGGGAUGGGACGGGUGGAAUAAAAUAUAUAUACGCCUAGCUUCUAGGCUUUCGUGCUUUGGACAUACACGAGCAAGCGGAAACUAAGGAUUUACGAAUCGGAACG